ACCUAUAUUUGAGUGGUGUGCUUACAGAAUUCUGUGGUUCGAUAGCAACAACAAUUGACGUAUUACUUUUGUUGUUUUUGAAUAACGUGCGGUAAUACGUUUACAGAUAAUGAAUAAUUAAAGAAUGCAUCUUGUUACGCAUGCUUUAUCGCACAACGAGAAUGGUAUUAUGAGAAUUUGCGUAAAAGGAAAUAGGAAGAAAUGUAAUGCUGCUUGAAGGAAGUAUAGACAGAAUCAGAGCUAUACUUGCCCGCUACCGAAAUGGAUGACAAGCAAAAAACGAAGGGAUGUGCUUUCUCUUGCUGGAAUAAAUGGCUACGUCUUGCUGCCACUUUUCAUCAUGGGCUGGAACGCUUUUUCUACAGAUACGGCUAUUUCAUUGCUGGCUAUCCACUCAUAAUUAUGCUUUUAUGUGUUAUAUUCACUGGUGCAGUUGGCUGGGGAUUCAUAUGGUUGAAAAUAGAGAGCAGGAGUGAGAAGUUGUAUGUCCCCCAAAACAGCCGGGCAGAACGAGAUUUGGAGUACGCAGACAAAUACUUUACAGUUCAAAAUCGCAUCGCCCGGAUUGUCAUAACUAGCAAAGAAAGAAAAAACAUGUUAACAAAGGAGGCAUUUACAGUUGGUGUGGAAGUGAUGCAGGGCAUUUUUACGAAUAUUUCCAUCGAAACGGUUUGUCGCGAAAUAAAUGCAACCAUUCCACCUUUCAUAAACGCAAAGACAGCCAAAUGCAUGAGGACGGAUCCUUUUGAGUUGUUCGGCUACUCAGCGCAAAAUAUAAAUAAUUCUGACAUUCGUUCAAAGAUCAAUGCACUUUAUAAAAGCACAAAUUAUACGAUGAGAAACGGGAGAAGCUUGUCAACAAAUCUAAUUGAAAUACUGGGAGGUGUAUCGAAGGAUAACAAUGGCGACAUAAAUUCUGCGGUAGCCCUGCGGAUUAGCAUUCCAAUAAUUUUCCCAAAAACAGAUAAAGAAUAUGAAAAAAUUCUGGACUGGGAAGGAAAGUUUCUAAAGUACUUGACUUCAGUCAAGCAGAACCUUCAGAGUAAAGGAUUUGACAUUUUGUUUUUUACGUUAAAAAGCAUCGACGAUUCAGUGAAUGAUAGUGCAAGUGGUGAUAUACUUCUGAUCACUAUAACCUUCACCAUCAUGUGCUCUUUUACUUGCUUCGCGUUAGGGAGAUACCGAAAUCGAGUGACCGGACACGGGCUGGCAGGGAUGGUCGGAAUACUUGCUGUUGCUAUGGGCGUUGCUAGCUCAUUUGGACUUCUUCUCAUUUGCGGAGGAACAUUUGUCUCUUUAGUCGGCAUAUUGCCGUUCUUGAUCUUGGGAGUUGCUAUCGAUGAUAUCUUUAUAAUUCUGGACGAAUUAGACCGCACUGACUUCAACCUUCCUACCAGAGAAAUCAUUGCGAAGGUCCUUGGGCGAGUUGGAGGCACCGUUACUAUGACAACACUCACAGACCUUGUUGCAUUUGCAGUGAGCACAACGAGCGCCUUCCCAGCAAUCCAAUACUUCUGCGCCUUCGCUGCUAUGGGAAUCACAUUCUCGUAUUUGAUGAUAAUGACGUUUUUCGUGGCAUUUUUGGUUUUUGACAUUAAAAGAAUCAAAGCUGGUAGAUGGGACAUGAUUCCGUUUGUACGAAAUGCCGAUUUUAAAAUUGAUGAAGACACUGGAUUGAUUGUACCUCCAGAGCAGCAGUGGUCUGUCAAGAUCAUGGAAAAGCUUGGACAUUGCGUAACGAACACGUUUGGUCAUAUUUUUAUUAUACUUGUCAGCAUUGGACUAAUUGCUGCUGGUGUAGUUGGUGCUUGCAGAUUACUGAGACAUUCAAGUUGCAAAUGCUUGGCAAAGAUGUCGGAUUAUAUACAAUUUCUCGAUGUGGAGCAGAAGUACUUCACAGACGUCGUUACGGUAAAUAUUGUGGUCCCAGGUUCAUUUAGGAUUGACACAGUCAAAGGACAACUUGAGUACUCAAAGCUUGGUGAUGUAGCUAUCAAGAGCAGUCCACAGUUCCAGAACAGGUCAGUUGACUGGUUCAAAGCGUUUAAAGGUUGGGCAGUUUCUGAAAACAGGAAUAUGACUGGAAGCUCUUUUUUUAAAUCGCUCGCCGAGUUUCUCAACAUCCCACGGUUUCAACAAUUUACAGGUGAUAUUCGAUUUUCCAGCGACAGGAAAAGUAUUCUUGCAUCCAGAGUUGUCGUAUUCAUGAUACUUGACCAGGAUUCUAGCAAGAACAAAGACGGCAUGCUGAAAAUGCGAGAUGCCAUCGAAGAACAGACAUCAAUCAAGGCAUACCUGGCUGCCCUCGAGUUCUUAUUUAUUGAACAGUAUGUCCUUGUCAAGACAGAGACAAUACGAAAUUUGGUUAUUUGUGGCAUAACUGUGUUGUUAAUGACAGCACCAUUCUUAUUGCACCCUGCAGUUCUGUUACUGUUAUCUGGGGGCUUUGCCGCACUGAUUAUAGAGCUCCUUGGAAUGAUGGCGGCUUGGAAUGUGUCUCUUAACAGUAUAUCGAUGAUUGUACUCACGAUGGCUCUUGGAUUCAGCGUUGACUACAGUGCCCAUGUUGCCCACGCUUACAUCAGAUCGGAUUGUUCCGAUGCAAAAAGCAGCAUGAUUUUUGCAUUAUCAACGACUGGGGCAAGUGUUGUCAUGGGAGGCUCGAGCACAUUUCUUGGAAUGGUCGUAACAGGCUUUGCUUCAUCCGAAAUCUUCCGAAUAUUCUUCAAGAUGUUUUUGGGCAUCGUUGGCCUUGGGCUUUUCCAUGGAUUGGUAAUCCUACCGACAUUAAUCACGUUGUUCAGAAUUUCAAGGUCACCAGCAAAAAAAGAGGAGGGUACACAAUCGACGGUCAUAUCGAAUCAUGUAAGCCCAAAUAUCAGUGAUGAUGACAAGCGGAAUGGUACACCUGUAGUCCUCAAUGUUAUUCACAACACUGAUGCAAUAUGAAGUAACUUGUCAUUUAUAUAAAGCUGCUUGUUGUUAAUGAUUUUUACAGGGCUGGCGAAACCGGGGGGCUGGGAGGGCCGGGGAGGCCAUGGCCCUCCCACUUUUCUGCAGAUCUAAAGAAAAAUUUUAGGCAAAAGUGGAUUAAAUGUAGUAUGAUUCUGUAAGUAACUUUCCCUGUAUUCUCUUUAAUAUAUCCUUAGCUUUACUUUGGUUGCUAUGUCUUUACCAUAGAAGACAUACAUAAAAUUGAAAAUGUGAAUUAGAUCGAAGAAGUCGGUCAUUGUCUAAGUUUUACAAUGAGUAACAGCUUGUUUUAGCAAAUAGAUCGAGCAACCUAGUCUAGAAUAACUUGGUGCCAGCACAAAUUGACGAAGUUUCGUUUUUUUCCAUUGCCUAAACCUGGCACACAAGGUCUAUUUGUUAACGAAAACUUUCUCUGAAAUAUUACAAACAGAGAGAAAUCAGCUGUUGAACUUUUUUGAGUAUAUGAGAAACAAAGUAAGGGCAGAUUUGUUCUUAAAAAGUAUCAUCAAGAAAACUUCAGAGUUUGGAUAAACCAUUCCUACUAAGAAAGAGAAAAUGUCGACGCAAUUAUAAAUUCUAUUUAAACUCAAUUUGACAAGCCCAGUUUGAAGGUUUUUCAAAUUUUUGUUAAAGCACUUCAUUUCCGAAAAAGUUAAGCUCAGAUGUUACAAAGUUAUAUCUUAACUGUACAAAAUUGCUUAACUUUUUAUUUUUAGUUGAUAGUUCUUCUGUUGAUGUUUCAAUGUUAAUGUUUUUUGUUAAUCCGUGUUUCAUUUAUUUUUCCCUCAUCUUAUUUGUGAAGGCUUCAUCACGAGUUA